AUGACUGUUGUUGACAUGUUGAACAUUGUCGGUUUUUAUGAUCUCACCCCUCCACAUCCCGAAUUUGACUAUGAUAUAGGCGAGAGCUCAGAAAGAAGCAAGUAUUUUAUCCCAAUUGUUGAUGACGCGCUUAAGCCAAAGACGAACGCACAAUAUGCAUCUUUAAACGAUGCUGAAAAGAUGUACAGAGCUUACGUGGACAAGGCCGGAUUUGAUGUUCGUGUACAUGCAAAAAAAACAAACAAACACGGAGACAUUCAAAAUAGAUGGUUUGUGUGUAGUAAAGAGGGAAACCCAAACAAAAGGCAAUUUAAUUCUUUGGAGAUUCAGCCCAGUGAGAGGAGAUAUCGCAAUACGAACCUUAAGCGUUGUGGAUGUAAUGCAUGUCUAAAAAUCCACUUGACGAAGGAUGGGGGUUGUUACGAGAUAUACGAGUUUGUUGAUGCACAUAACCAUUCGUUGUUCAACGUUAACGAUCGUCGUUUCUCUAGGAAGAAUAUACAAAUGAAGUAUACGAAUUUCGAAACUGUACUCAACAGCUCGAGUUACAAAGUCGAUGCGAGAAGGACACAUCGUAUUCAAACAUCAUUGAACGGGGGAUUUGAGCAUACUCGAGUUUCAGAAGUUGAUUUCAAGAAUUUUAAGAGGGAUGUUGUUGCUUGUGUUGAGAAUAAGGACGCAAAGAUGUUGAUCAAUAAACUAUCAAAUAGACGUGAUAUUGUACCAGGUUAUUUCUUCGAAUACAAGUGUAAUGAACAGGAGUUAAUCGCAAUUUUUUGGGCAGAUGAAGUUGUUAGGAUCAACUACAAAGAAUUCGGUGAUGUCAUAUCGUUCGACGGGACGUUUCGCACGAACAAGCAUGCCAUGAUUUUCGUGCCUUUUUUGGCCGUUGACAAUCACAAGGCUUCCGUUGUGGUCGGAUCCGCUCUAAUAAGUGGCGAGACAAUCAAGAACUUUACAUGGGUUUUAAAGGCUUUCCUAAAAUGUCAUGAGAAGCAACCAGUUUUCGUCAUUACAGACCAAUGUUCUGCAAUGAAGCAAGCUAUUCCGAUGGUGUUUACGGAAGCCAAACACAGACUCUUGGUAGUCAUAUACACGCAGGUCAGUGUCGUACUAAAUCAAGAUCCUAUUUUUAAUAAAGUUAUCAACAAGCUCGUAUGGAACAUACAUAUUGGACCAGCGGAGUUCGAGCGUCGUUGGCAUGAGAUGAUCGACCAAUACAAUCUGGGGGGUGAUCCUUGGUUCACAGAGAUGUAUGCAAUUCGACACUUGUGGAUUCCUGCCUUUUACAAGGACACGCCAAUGUCUGAGAAACAAAGAUACAGAAAAUAUGUUCAUGAAACAGUAACGAGAACCACUAAUCCAAAAUUUGUUACUCCACUGCAUUUAGAAAGUUAUGCAUCACGCAUAUACAGUCGGAAUGUGUUUUUUGACAUACAAAAGGAGAUAAAGAAGGCUGUCUGGUUCUGUGCUAUAGAGACUGUCGAAUGCCGGGAUGACUUAAAGUCAUUCGUGAUAAGCCACAAGACCAAGAAAUCAUCCGAGACCAUCACAUAUCUGGUGAACCGUAAUUACUCAACAGACACCAUCGAAUGCGAGUGCCACCUAUUCACGCGUAAUGGUUAUCUUUGUCGUCACGCGUUCAAGGUACUGAUAAACGAUGAAGUUGAAUUCAUCCCGGAUAGAUAUGUGUUACGGCGAUGGAAACGACAAUUAGUCCCAGUACAGAUACAAUCUGCAAGGGUUCGUUACGACGUGGUUGAUGCCGAAAAAGAUAAGUGUAUAGUUGAUGUAUAUUCCAAGGUCGACGAGAUCAUAAGCAUCACCCGGAAUGAUAAAUCUAUAUUGGCUAGAUUGGAGCGGAAUCUCGACAAAUUUAUAGUUGAUAUAGAGAAGGAAGUUCCAUAUGAAGACCCAUCUCAACAGAAGUUGGAUGCAAUUAGGGAGCAUCUAGGUGUUUCCAUACCUGAUGAGGUGGAUAUUCUACCACCAUCUGGCAUUAGGAACAAGGGAUGCGACACUGGUAAAAGACUGGUAAGUGUAUCUGAAAAAAUCCAGACUAAUAGCAAAAAAGCAAAACGAAAAUGUGCAAUAUGUGGACAACGUAGUGGUCAUGACUCACGUAAUUGCCCAGAAUUGCUAGAUUAG